AUGGCGUUCUCCGGCGGAUCUGGUGGUUCCCGCCUUCAAUCUCCAUCUGUUCCCUUGUUCUUCAUCCUUGAAAGUCGAUUGAGACUCGUUCUUAGCAUCCUCGACGCAUCUCCGUCUUCUGUCCGUCGUUCUCAUCGAUGGCCGCCGCCACCUCCGGGGCUCCAAUCUCCGUUGAGGUACCGGGGGUGUGCAUCCGGUCCAUCUCAUCGUCGUUUCCGGCGCUCCGGCUCUAGAGCCGUCGAGGAACCGGAGACGGCAAAGAUGACCCCAGGCAUAGGCGACGCCGAAGAAGGGGAGUUUGAUCACUCCCAGAACGACGAGCUACGGAUGUGCGGGUUAGCCGGGGAUGAUGAGCAGGACGAUGUACGCGAGGACUGCGCCGAGUUAUUUGGGCGGUCUGCUGUUGAUCCCCUUCCCUAUGACCAAGAUGCGGUCCCGAUCCACAGGGAAGGGGCCGAUCCCGAUGCCGACGGUGGCGACAGUGAGCUAUUAAGACUUGGACAUGCUGGAGGCUGGAUGUAA